AUGACCCAGCUCAAUUCGGAACGUGAACACGACCAAGCUUUGAAACCUUGCGAUGUGUUUGAUUUGAUUGGAGGUACAAGCACGGGAGGGUUGAUUGCCAUCAUGCUUGGACGGUUGGAGAUGGGUGUUGAUGAAUGUCUCCUUGCUUAUACUGAAUUGAUGGAGUCAGUCUUUAGCGACAAGAUUAGCAAUGUCCCAAUGGACUGGUCUGGGAAUAUCAGGCCGCAGUAUGAUAGCCGCAAGCUCAAACUGGCUGUUGAAGAUGUCAUUGAACGCUGUGGGCAUUCUCCAACUGAGCCUUUGAACGAUGGGACGCCUCGUCGCUCUAAAGUCUUCGUUUGCACAACGUCCAAAAACACUUUACAAGUCACACGUCUCCGAAGCUAUACAGUGCCAAAUGAGAAUGUAUUGCCUGCGACGAUAUCUGAAGCAGCAAUGGCAACAUCCGCAGCAACAGGAUAUUUCGAAUCUGUGACGAUCGGAGCUUGCCAGUUCGUUGAUGGUGCCUUCGGGGCUAACAACCCCAUCGAAGAAGUGGAGGAAGAAGCAGCCGACAUAUGGUGCACUACAAGCCGUAACCUGAAACCGUUGGUCAAGUGUUUUGUGUCAAUUGGGACAGGCAAUCCUGCACAGGUCCCAAUCGACGACAAUCUUUUAAAGUUCCUUUCAAAGUCUCUCGUCAGGCUGGCAACCAAACCCGAGAGCACGGAACGUCGCUUCACUGCACGAUGGAGCAAUGAAGUAAAAGAAAACCGAUUCUUUCGCUUCAACGUUGAACAAGGAUUGCAAGGAGUACAUAUGACCGAGUUCCAAAAGCAGAGCCUAAUCAAGUCUGCAACACAUGCCUAUCUUCAUCAUUCUGCUCGGAAAGUCUGUGUGCGUGAGUGUAUUUUGAACCUUAUCGAGAAAGAGGAAAAGACCGAUAUAGACUUUGAAACUACCAUACGGGUAAGACAAUCCCGGCAUAUCUUCCUACAAACAAUUAUUUGGCUGACCUGGUAUUCGUUCGACAAGGAAUACAGCAAUCGGGUUUCUCGCAAUCGUGUUUUGAAAACAGUUCUUUCAUCAAAACUUCAAUCCCACGCCGAGAGGCCUAUUUGCUGGGUCGUUCCAUUUGAGAGAAAUCCCCGGUAUGUUGACCGUGAAGUCGUGGGCAAGGUUAAAAGAAAGCUCUUCCUCAAGAACCGACCUGACAGGUUCGCAAUUUUUGGCCUUGGUGGAGUAGGCAAGACACAAAUAUCUUUGGAGCUUGCGUAUCAGACAAGAGAGCUGUACCCAGACUGUGCAGUUUUUUGGGUGCCCGCAGUGGACAUGGAAAGCAUUGAGCAAGCAUACCGGACGGUAGCAGAGCAGCUAAUGGUUGACAUCUCGGGUGCAGAUGCAGAUGUGAAGAGACUUGUCCAAAUUCAUCUCAGCAAACCAACCGCUGGCCGAUGGCUUUUGAUUUUUGACAAUGCUGACGACUUCGACAUGUGGACCGAGAAGGGGGAUUCAACAGCUGGACAUUUGAAAAAGUUCCUUCCCAACAGCGACCAAGGGGCUAUUAUCUUCACUACUCGGAGUAGUAAGGUAGCUCGGUAUCUGGCCUCGACAGACAUUAUCGAGAUUCCAGAAAUGGAAGUACACAAAGCUAUCCAUGUUUUACGGAACUCCUUGGUGGACAAAGAGCUCAUCAAUGACACCGAAAGCACCCGAGAGCUUCUCAAUCGGUUGACAUUUCUUCCCUUAGCCAUUGUUCAAGCUGCAUCUUUCAUCAACGAGAAUUCAAUGACAAUCAUAAGUUAUGUUGAGCUCUUGGAUGGACAAGAACAGAAUGCAAUAGAUCUUUUGAGCGAGGAUUUCGAGGAUAAUGGCCGAUACAAAAGUAUUCGCAACCCUGUUGCUACUACGUGGCUUACAUCUUUCGAGCAGGUCCGAAAGCAUCAUCCGUUAGCUGCGGACUUUCUUUGCUUUAUCUCUUGUAUCCAAGAAAAAGAUGUUCCGGUUGCCCUUCUGCCACCAGCAACCGAUAUUGAGAGACAGAAGGCCGUCGGUGCUCUGGCGUCAUAUUCCUUUGUCACGGUCAAACGCGGGGGAUCUCUGCUUGAUAUGCACCGCUUAGUACAUCUUGCUACAAGGAAUUGGCUUCAUUCAAUCAACGUAUUGCAAGGAUGGCAGGAUUAUGUCCUGCGGCGUGUGUCCCAGUGCUUCCCAGUGGUAGACCAAGGGCUUCCCCGGGACGAAUGGCGAGGAAUUGUGCCCCAUGCCCUUCAUCUUCUCAAUCGCAUAGCGAAGGGGAAUGUCACAAUUGAAAGAAUCCAUAUGUUAUCCUUGGUAGCUUGGUGCCAAACCUACGAUGGAAGAUUCAGAGAAGCGGAGCCACUUUUCCAUGAGAUGAUCAAAGUGAUCAACAUCUUGCACGGCCCUGAGAGUAGCCAUGUCAUUUCAGGGCUCAACGGACUCGGAGAUAUUGCAUUGAACCAAGGCAAAUCAAGAAAAGCUAUUGGUUUGUUUAAGGAGAUUUUAAAGGUCACAACCAAGAUCUACGGGGCUGAUCACAUUAUGACAGCACGUGCCCAUACCCAGCUGGCAGGCUCAUAUCGCAUGGCCGAAGAGCACGGCAGUGCCGAACUAUUCUAUAAGAAGGCCAUUAAGUACUAUCUUGUUGCCCUUGGUCCGGGGUUUAGUGAAACAAUAAACGCAAUCUUUGGAUUGACGAUGGUUUUCACCUCCCAGGGAAAAGUGAGGGACACGGUAGAGUUAUCUCUUUCGUCGCUCCAAAUUACUAGGCAUACCCUAGGCUCUCAUCAUACGCAAACGGCCUUCGCUAUGGUAGCUGUGGCAACGAUAUACCUGGAGCAAUGGCGAUUGAAGGAAGCUGAAGACUUGUUUACGGAGGCUUUGGACAUCCAAAAAGAUCGGCUUGGGCCUGGGCACCCAACCACAAUCAGGAAUAUGGGAUGGCUAGCUAUCACAUUGGCAUACCAAGGCCGAAGGUCUGAAUGCUGUGCGAUGAUGAGAGAGUGCGUACAUCUUCAUAGUCAAGUAUACGGGGAAGAUCACUUGUAUACCAAAAACCUUUUCGCCAUAUUGGAGGAAUGGACCACACCCAAGACAAUGUCCUCGUUUUUGAGAAAAAACUUUAGCAGUUUUCGGCGUAUCGAAAUGAUGCGUGAACGACGGAGUCAUUAUCCCAAAGUCAAAUUAUACGGCUUCUUUCACGCUGCGCAACAGCCAAAGAACGAUCCUUUGGUUCAUGAGAUCAAACAAGCGAUUGAGAACAUGUCUGCAGGGAGACAAAUCUCGACAAGUGAAAACGACGUUAACCGGGAGUGA